AGCAGCACCAAAAACACUGACUUUGAACGGAAGAAGUCUGUAGCCUCCACUACAAAAAAAGUCCACAUUGAUAGCACAGUACGAUAGCUCGUUUUACCGAAUUGCUAUUGUAAGAACUCUAAGAAAAAAAAUUUAGUUUAAUAGCGCUAUAUAAUUGCUAUGAUAGUUUUUCAUUAAGCGGGAACCCAAAAUUAGCUAUUCCGCGUACACACUUAGUAAAAAAUCAUUAAUCAUCUCACUUUCCCUCUCUCUAAUCGUGUUUUCCCUCUAUCUUCCCUAAUUUUUCCCUCUUUCUCACAUAAUCCUAAUUUUCCCCUCUUUCCAUUAGACCUCUAAUCGAGUUCCGCCUCUCCCAUCCGCCAAUUAAAGCUCCGUCAUCCACCAUUCCGAUACCAUUUCCGUCCCUGAAGGUAUCGAAGGUCGCCAUUACGCCAUCUCUGUGUCGAUAGUUAGCUCAAAUCCGUGUUGUUAGUUAGCUCAGCUCUUUCCUGAUUUGAUUUCAUCUCAUCUCUGUGUUGAUAGUUAGCUUGAUUGUCAUUGUGUUGUGUGAAUCAGUUUUCGUUUUUGCUUAGAAUCGUAGUAGAUUUGUUCAGAAUCGUUGCGUUGUGUGGUAUUAUAGUAUUCUGAGUGAUUAUACUGAUGACUUUGACUGCUUUUACUAUGAAAUCGAGGACAAGUUCUGAGUAUUCUGAGUGAUUAUACUGAUGACUCUGAUGACAAUUUGUCAAAAAAUUGUUAGUGAAGUUUCAGUUUCAGUUUAGCAAUAUAAUGGUGGAUAAGGCAUGGGUUCAUCUUAGCAGGUACUUAAUUCGUUUAUUUUUGUUAUUAUUUGAUAUGUUUCAGUAUGUGUUGAGAGACUUAACUCUGUUUAUUUUUGUUUUGCUUUUCAUGCUCCAUUGCAGAGUUGAUCCUGCGUAUGAGAGAGGGGCUUCAAAUUUUGUACGAGAUGUGGCUGGAGGUCAGGGAGGAACUGAUAUGAUUGUUUGUCCCUGCAUUGACUGCCGUAAUAUUGAUCGUCACUCAGGAGCUGUGGUAGUUGAUCAUCUAGUUACUAGGGGAAUGGAUGAGUCUUACAAGAAGCGGUCUGAUUGGUAUCUUCAUGGAGAAUUGGAGUCUAGAGUUGUAUCUGAAAGCAGCACAAGUCAGUGGAAUGAUGAGAUCUUCGGGUUAUACAGAGCCGCUGAGUGUUUUGAUGAAGAGUUAGCUGGUACUGGAGAGUUAUCUGAGAUGGCAGAGGGAGACGACAAGAAAGAAGAUGAAUUCUUGGCAAAGAUAGCUGAAGCAGAGACUCCGUUGUAUCCGAGUUGUGCAUCACACAGCAAGCUAUCCGCCAUUGUUUCUUUAUUCAGACUGAAGACACAGAAUGGGUGGUCUGACAAGAGCUUCAACGAUCUGCUUGAGACCUUACCGGAGAUGUUACCAGAGGAUAAUGUGCUCCACACUUCGUUGUAUGAGGUAAAGAAAUUUCUGAAAUCCUUUGAUAUGGGCUACGAGAAGAUUCAUGCAUGCGUCAAUGACUGCUGUCUAUUCAGAAAGAGGUACAAGAAGCUUGAAAAGUGUCCAAAAUGCAAGGCUUCAAGAUGGAAGACCAAUAUGCACACUGGCGAGAAGAAGAAAGGCGUCCCACAGAAAGUAUUACGUUACUUUCCCAUCAUACCAAGACUGAAGAGGAUGUUCAGGUCUGAGCAAAUGGCAAAAGAUUUGAGGUGGCACUUCACCAACAAAAGCACUGACGGAAAACUUCGACACCCGGUUGAUUCAGUCACAUGGGAUCAGAUGAAUGCAAAACACCCGGCCUUUGCAGCAGAAGAAAGGAACCUGAGGCUUGGUCUUUCAACUGACGGAUUUAAUCCCUUCAAUAUGAAGAAUUCGAUGUACAGUUGCUGGCCUGUUUUGCUAGUGAACUACAACUUGCCGCCUGACCUAUGCAUGAAGAAGGAGAACAUCAUGCUUUCCUUGUUGAUUCCUGGUCCACAACAGCCUGGUAAUAGCAUCGAUGUGUACUUAGAACCCCUCAUCGACGAUCUAAACCAUCUGUGGAGCAGUGGAGAGGUAACCUACGACGCUGUAAGUCGUAGUACUUUUAAUCUUAAGGCAAUGCUGCUUUGGACGAUCAGUGAUUUCCCAGCUUAUGGGAAUCUUGCAGGCUGUAAAGUUAAGGGGAAAAUGGGGUGUCCGUUAUGUGGAAAGAAGACAGAUAGUAUGUGGCUAAAGUUCAGCAGGAAACAUGUCUACAUGUGCCACAGAAAGGGUCUGCCACCAGCUCAUAGUUUUAGGGGAAAGAAAAGGUGGUUUGAUGGAAAAUCCGAACAAGGAAGAAGGGGUAGAAUACUGACAGGUCGUGAAAUUUCUCAAAAUCUGAGAAACUUCAACAAUGACUUUGGAAAUUUUAAAAGAUCUGCAAGUAAGAGGAAAAGGAUUCAGAGUACUGAAGUAAGCUCUGAUGUUGAGGCUUUAUCCAGUGAAUCAGAGGAAGAGGAAGAGGAAGAGGAAAAUGUUCAAGUAGAUGAAGAUGAGAUAUCUCGGUGGAAGAAGAGAUCAAUCUUCUUCAGACUACCAUACUGGGAGGAACUUCCUGUGAGACACAACUUGGAUGUCAUGCAUGUGGAGAGAAAUGUGGCUGCGAGUUUAGUUUCCACAUUGUUGCACUGUGGGAAAUCUAAGGAUGGUCUUGCUGCUCGCAAAGAUCUGGAGGAUCUUGGUAUUAGGCCGGAGUUGCACCCUAAAAUCCAAGGAAAACGAACAUAUCUUCCUCCAGCACCGUGGUCUUUGUCUAAGGCCGAGAAGAAGAUCUUUUGCAGACGACUAUUUGACUUCAAAGGGCCAGAUGGAUAUUGCUCAAACAUUUCAAGAGGUGUUUCACUAGAUGACUGUAAAGUAUCAGGUUUGAAAUCUCAUGACUAUCAUGUUUUGAUGCAGCAACUUCUUCCGAUCGCGCUUAAAGGAUUGUUACCUAAAGGACCUAGGCUAGCCAUUUUGAGGUUGUGCGCAUUCUUCAAUAUGUUGUGUCAGAGAGUGAUUGAUAGGGAGAAGCUGUUGGUUAUGGAAGCUGAGAUUGUUGAGACUCUAUGCUUGUUUGAAAGAUUUUUCCCUCCAAGCUUCUUUGAUAUCAUGGUCCAUUUGACUGUGCACCUAGGAAGAGAAGCCCGCCUUGGUGGACCUGUCCAAUUUAGAUGGAUGUACCCAUUUGAGAGGUACAUGAAAGUCCUCAAAGACUUUGUGAGAAAUCCUGCAAGACCUGAGGGAUGCAUUGCUGAGUCGUAUUUAGCUGAAGAAUGUAUCAGAUUUUGCAGUGAAUUUUUGAAGAAGACAACAAACGUUGAAGAAAAAACAGACAGAAACACAGAGUAUGAGAACAACUCCAUCUUAGAAGGUCGUCCAAUAUCCAAGAGCACUUCAAUUACUCUGACUGAAAUGGAAAAGAAAAUAGCACAUCUUGCUAUCAUCCAAAACAUGGCUAUCGUCGAACCAUACGUAGAUGAGCAUCUACAGUAUUUACAAGACACAUAUGCAAAAUGUCAUCGAGAUGCAUCAACCUUAUGGAGUAUGCACACAAAGCAUUUCGCAACUUGGCUAAAAGAACAGGUGCCUCUUGAUUCUACCGAGCAUGAAGAAACACUUAAGUGGAUAGCUUAUGGUCCACGUUGUUCUGCAAGGUCUUAUACAGGAUUCAUAGUUAAUGGGCAGAGGUUUCACACAACGUCAAUUGAUAGAAGAAGUCAGAAUAGUGGGGUUUAUUAUGAGGCUAGAGCAGUCUGUAGAUCUAGUGCUAGAGAUACAUCACAGGUCGUCGAUCUGGUUUCUUAUUACGGCAGAGUAACUGACAUCAUUUUGAUUGAUUAUAAUGUCUUCUAUGUCCCUCUGUUCCGGUGUGAAUGGGCAGUAAAGGGUAAUGGAGUGAAGAUUGAAGAUGGUUUCACCCUUGUUAACCUCCAUCAUAGUCAAGCAUCCUUUGCAAGUGAUCCUUACAUUCUAGCAUCUCAAGCAAAGCAAGUCUUUUACUCUCGGGAAGAUGAGUCAUCACACUGGUAUACUGUUAUGAGAGGUCCUUCGAGAAGAUACAGUAAGGAAGAUAUUCAAGAGGGGACUGCAGACAUUGGGCCAUUGCCUUCAAAUAUCGACAUGGAAGUUGACAUUGAUGAGGCAGAGAACGUCAGAACUGAUUGUGAAGGCAUAUAUGUGUGAAUCGUAUCCUUUUUUAUUAUUUUCAUUGUCUGUAUGUUUGUUUGGCUUGGUCAUUGUCUGUCUGCUUGUUGAUUGUUUGAUUGGUUGGUCUUGGUCUGUUUGAUUGGAUUUAUCAGUGUGUUAGCUUGGAAUUAAUUCUUCCUUUCAUAAUUUUUUUCAGGUAAAUUGAUAUGGCCGGUCCAAAGAAAAACAAAAGAGGAAGGAAGCCAAAAAAUAAAGCAAAACAAGCAGAUGAUGAUGUUGAGUUCGUGUGUACUUUGGUACCAGGUCAGCAACAUGAGAUAGAAGCAGAUACAGGUGAGCAGCAUUUGGCAGAACCGCAAGAUGAAGAUGAGCAACCUGAGACACAACCACAAGAUGAAGAUGAGCAACCUGAGACACAACCACAAGAUGAAGAUGAGCAACCUGAGACACAACCACAAGAUGAAGAUGAGCAACCUGAGACACAACGAGAUGAUAGUGAGCCUGACGGUGAGAUCGGACAGACUACAGUUCCAGAGCCAGAAGAUUCAAACUCCCGUAAAAGAAAGCGUGGACCAACAAUGAUGAAAGACAUAGCUAAAGAUCCAAACAGCAGAGUGCAUGUAGAUUUCACUUUCAUGGGAGAACCUUACGGUCCUGGUUCUGUGAAAUUGUCUUCAUAUUUAGGACCAUUGGUAAGGGAACAUGUUCCUGUCACAAUUGAAUGUUGGAAAAAAAUCACCGAAGAUGUGAAGACAGUGCUCUGGAAAUCGGUUCAGGUACAAUUUCAAUACUAUGGUAUAUGCAAAUUAAAUAAGUUAACGAUAUAUACUACUGAUUUGUUUACUAUGUGAAUGCAGGCAAGGUUUGAAGUUGAUGAGGAAUAUCAAAGAACUGCAGUGCUUAAGCAGAUGGGAGGAUUAUGGAGGUCAUCCAAGUCACGCUUAGUUACUCAGAUUAAUGCAGCUGACAAUAACCAACAAAGGAUGAAUCUCAGACCGAAGAACGUUCCCCCUGUUGAGUGGCGCAAAUUCGUUAAGCUGAAAACUAGCACUGAAUUCAAGGUAUACAUUUAGAAUUGAGUAAGAUCUUUAUAUGCUAAGUAGAUCACAUAUUAA